GUAAGCGCCACUCCUUUCCUCUUCCCCACCACCAUCCCCGCCGCAUUUCGAGCGCCCGUCACACAACCAUGUCCGAUCCUUCUUCGUCCGACACUGUGUCUCGUCCUCGUCGGCGCAGCUGGAUGCUGCGGUACAACUCGCCGAGAGACACGGCUCUGGACAACGAUUUACCUUCUCCUUUAGAGGGAAAGGAGCUCUCGUUCACUCCAAGUACCAGCAGCACCAGCUUGGCCCGGUCAGACUCGCUUUCUAGACCAACUACACCAAGACGUUUCUCUACGUCUUCAGUCGGCCACUUACUGACACCCUCUACCUCUACUGCUUAUCAAUCCCCGCAGCUGGAUCAACAGGCAUCACAACUUAUCCUCAAUGCGCUAGACAG